GCCAACAAAACUGACAUUGACAUGGCGCAGCUGUCAAAAGUUGACAUAACCAUAACUUCCAAUUAAUUUUCCACAAUAAACAUCCGUGUUUUGCAAGAAAAUGCUCCGGGAUCUUUACAAUGGACUGCCUGAACGUUGCUGAAUGGUCCCCGGCGCAAGUGGAAGGAUGGCUGAAAGGUCUGGGUGGCCCGGUGGGCGGGUACGCGGCGGGGCUGCGCGCGCGCGGGUUGGACGGCGCCAAGCUGCUGAUGCUGCGCUGCGACGACCUCCAACACCUCGGCAUGCCCACCAUCGGCCACCAGGAGUUGCUGCUGGAAGCUGUUGAGCAUCUCCGCAAUUUUCAAUACGAGACCUCACGCGAGUGCGUGCAGCAGAUGGCGCUGCGAGUGUCCGUGGCGGCCACCGGGCUCGCGCGGGCUCUGGCGGGGGGCUGCGAGCGGCUCGAGACUCAGGCCCUCAUGGAUGUGGCCCGUGCAGUGGCGGCUGUCAAGGCGCUGGUGUGCUGGCUGGCCCGCUUCCCGAUGUCGGGCGGCAUGCUGCGGGACCGCGCGGCGCACCUGCUCGGCCUCUGCCUCGAGGCGGCCACGUGCGCGCAGCGGGACCGCUUCGCCGAGCAGCCCGCCCGCACCGUCGCCUGCGCCGCCGCCGCCGCCGCCGCCUCCGCCGACACCAUCGUGCAGCACGUGUCGGACUCGUUCGUGCUGGCGCCGGCGACGCUGGAGACGGUGUCGCUGCGCCAGGCCGGCAAGCCGCUGGGCUUCUCCGUGCUGCCUUCUCUGAGCGGGCACCUGCAGCUGGCUAACAUCCGCUUCGGGUCCCCGGCGCACGCUUCGGGGGCCGUCCACGAGGGCGAUGAGAUCGUACAGGUGGGCGGACAGUGCGUGGUGGGCUGGAGCGGCGCUGCCGUGGAGAGCGCAUGCGCGGAGCGGGCGACGGGCGGCGGCGAGCUGCUGCUGCGGCUGCGGCGGCGCGGCGCCCGUGUGUGCGUGCAGACGAGGAGGGACAGGUGUGUGUGUGUGCAGUGCGUGGUGGGCUGGAGCGGAGCUGCCGUGGAGAGCGCAUGCGCGGAGCGGGCGACGGGCGGCGGCGAGCUGCUGCUGCGGCUGCGGCGGCGCGGCGCCCGUGUGUGCGUGCAGACGAGGAGGGACAGGUGUGUGUGUGUGCAGUGCGUGGUGGGCUGGAGCGGAGCUGCCGUGGAGAGCGCAUGCGCGGAGCGGGCGACGGGCGGCGGCGAGCUGCUGCUGCGGCUGCGGCGGCGCGGCGCCCGUGUGUGCGUGCAGACGAGGAGGGACAGGUGUGUGUGUGUGCAGUGCGUGGUGGGCUGGAGCGGAGCUGCCGUGGAGAGCGCAUGCGCGGAGCGGGCGACGGGCGGCGGCGAGCUGCUGCUGCGGCUGCGGCGGCGCGGCGCCCGUGUGUGCGUGCAGACGAGGAGGGACAGGAAAGUGUGCGCCGGCCGCCUGGAGCCGGAGCCCGGGGUCCGCCUGGCGCCGCCCGCGCCCGCGUCCGCGUCCGCGCAUGCGCAUGCGCCCUCGCCCGCGCCCGCGCCGGCGCCCGACGACUCCUCCUCCGACGAGCCCGCGUCGCCCACGCUCCCGCUGGACCGCAGGAUGUACCCGCCGCCCCCGCGCGCGCUCGCCGCGCGGCGCCACUCCGUCUGCGGCGGCUCCCCCACCGCCCCUCGGCCUCGGCGCGGCCUCGACCAGCUGUGGUGCUCGCUGCAGCAGGCGCGCGUCGACCUGCACUACCGGCGGGACAAGGCGGUGUCGUGCAGCACGGGCUUGGAGCUGUCCCCGCGGGCGCGUCCGCUGACGUGCCCCGGUCCCGGUCCCGGCGCCCCCGCCCCGGGCCCCGCCCCCGCCCCCGCCCCCGACCCGGACCCGCCCCGGCGCGAGGAGCGCCCGCGCGGCAAGCUCGACAAGAGCCACUCCACGCCCGCCUACGACUUCCACGCCGAGCCGCCCGGCCCGCUGACGCAGCAGGUGAUCCCCGAAUCCCCGACGACGCCUGCCGAAUCGCCGACAGUGUUCGUGCACUCCGCCGAGAAGGCCGACCAGAUCCUCGACUUCAAAAAGUCCAGCUCGCAGAUCGAAGAGGCCAUUUUGCAGAAGAGGAGGCUCACGGACGAGAGCAACGAGUUCGCAUUCGGCGAGGCCGAGACGGGUCCGGAAAUGGUCGAGGCUGUUAAUGUCAAUGUCAAAGGGCGCGUGCGGCGUCUGUCGGCUAAAAGUCCGCAGGAGGAGCGCUCGCUGUCCGUGAGCGAGGCGGUCCGCAACAUCCAGGAGUCGCUGACGCGGGCGCCGCCCCCUCCCCUGCGCCCCGCGCACCCCCCCGCGCGCCCGCGCCCCGCGCCGCUCCCCUACCCCGCGCUGCGCCCCGUGCCGCCCGAGCCCGCCCCCACCAGCCCGCCCAGGCCGCACAGGAUCGACGUGUCGCAGAUAUCCGUACCGCUCCGGCACCUGACGCGGCACGACCUGCAUGUGCCACCCGCGGAGCCCCCGACGCGGCCCGCCCCGCCCGGUGCGCAGGGCCCCGGUCCGCAGGGCUCCGGGCUGCAGAGCUCCGGGUCGCAGGGCUCCGGGCCGCCGGGCUUCGGGCCGCAGAGCUCCGGGCCGCAGGGCUCCGGGCUGCCGGGCCCGCGGCCCGAGGCGCCCGGCGCGACCAACGCACCCACCCGCGGCAUCUUCCCGACGUACAAGUCCAAGAGCUUGAAGAAAAAGAACUCCCUACUUGCCAAACGUCGCGGCGUGGCCGCACGCGCGCUGGCGGGCGGUGCGGGGUGUGCGGGCGGUGCGGGGUGUGCGGGGGGCGCGGGGGGCGCCGUGUGGCAGCGAGUGCGCGCGCGCGGGCAGCAGCAGGCGCGCUGGGCGAGGAGGCAUCUGCUGCUCGCCGACACCACGUUGUACGCUUACAGGAGCCCAGAGGGCACACGGGCGGACUGCAUGAUCCAGCUGGCAGGCUUCACCGCCGCCGCAGCAGGGGAGGUGAAGUCGCGACCGCACGCCUUCAAGGUCUACCACACCGGCACCGCCUUCUACUUCGCGUGCGACAGCGCCGACGCCACCCGCGCCUGGCUCGACCUCAUCACCCGCGCCACGCACGACCAGCCCGCGCCCGUGAGUGUUGCUCCCUGCAGGGCUACCACACCGGCACCGCCUUCUACUUCGCGUGCGACAGCGCCGACGCCACCCGCGCCUGGCUCGACCUCAUCACCCGCGCCACGCACGACCAGCCCGCGCCCGUGAGUGUUGCUCCCUGCAGGGCUACCACACCGGCACCGCCUUCUACUUCGCGUGCGACAGCGCCGACGCCACCCGCGCCUGGCUCGACCUCAUCACCCGCGCCACGCACGACCAGCCCGCGCCCGUGAGUGUUGCUCCCUGCAGGGCUACCACACCGGCACCGCCUUCUACUUCGCGUGCGACAGCGCCGACGCCACCCGCGCCUGGCUCGACCUCAUCACCCGCGCCACGCACGACCAGCCCGCGCCCUUAUCAGCGGACCUACUGAAGCAGUACUCCGAGACGGACUACUCCACGGACUCGGACAUCGAGGCCGAGAGGCCGAGAGAUCGCGAACGCGACAACAAGGACAAGGAGAAGGACAAGUCGAAGUUCGGCUCGCUUAAGAAACUGACACAUCGCAUGCAUAGGAGCGAGUCGACGGAGACGGUGGGCGCGGCGAGUCUCGACCGCAAGUAUCUGCGCUUCUUCUCAAGGAACAAGAACAAAGACGACAAAAAGAGCAAGCAGUCCCUGGUGCCGGUGCCGACGGAGCACUACCGCAGCUACCGGCGGCCGUCACAGUCGCAGGCCGAGUCCUCGCCGGCCUCCCCGGCCUCCGCGGCCUCUUCGGCCUCCGCGGCCUCCCCGGCCUCGCAGCCCCCGCAGGUGCCGCUGCUGCAGGCUCCGCCCGCGCCGCCGAGGAAGCCGCAUAAUUAUAUGCACGCUUCUAAUCCGAAUUUGCUGGAGUUCGGCAACAACGACAUCGUGGCGUCCCGCAUCUUCAUCCCGCGGCCCGCGCCCGCCUCCUUCUCCGGCUUCGUUACUCUCGAGGAGUUCAUGCUGCAGAAGCAGGAGGAGGACCGUCGCGAGCUGUACACCAACCGCGUGCUGCUGGGCGUGGAGGCGGGCUCGCUGCGAAGGCGGCUCGACCGGGUCGUGCCCGACGUGCUGUACGGCACCUCCCGGGUCGAGCCCGAGCACAGGUGACUACGACAGGGUGCUGCCGGGCGUGGAGGCGGGCUCGCUGCGGAGGCGGCUCGACCGGGUCGUGCCCGACGUGCUGUACGGCACCUCCCGGGUCGAGCCCGAGCACAGGUGACUACGACAGGGUGCUGCCGGGCGUGGAGGCGGGCUCGCUGCGGAGGCGGCUCGACCGGGUCGUGCCCGACGUGUUGUACGGCACCUCCCGGGUCGAGCCCGAGCACAGGUGACUACGACAGGGUGCUGCCGGGCGUGGAGGCGGGCUCGCUGCGGAGGCGGCUCGACCGGGUCGUGCCCGACGUGCUGUACGGCACCUCCCGGGUCGAGCCCGAGCACAGCCCGGAGCCUCCCGCGGCCGCGUCGCGCACGCUCCCGCCGCACGGCGCGCACGUCGCGCACGGCGCACACGGCACGCACGGCGCGCACGGCGUGCACUCGGCGCACGUGCAGGCGCGCUCGCUGCCGCGCACGCCGCCGCCACGCGUGGCCGCGCGCCCCGCCCGCGACCUCAAGCCCAUCUCCGUCAAGGGCAAGGAUGGAUAUGAGAAGAUAGUGUACACAGGGGAGAAGCCGAUCGGAGCCGAGCGCAUGCGUCGGCCGUCGCCGCCGUCCGACCACGCCUGCGCCGGCACUCCCGGCCCCGGCCCCGGCCCCGGCCCCAGCCCCAGCCCCAGGCACGAUAAGGGCCCGAGCGGCGCGCGGCGCGUGGCUCCGCUGCAGCACUCCCCCGCGUCCGCGCCCCACACACCGGACAGUGCGCCGGCGUCGAGCGCGGGGGCGGGGGCGGGCGCGGGGGCGGGCGCGGGCGCGGGCGUGUCGCGGCUGCGGCUCAUGUUCGGGCGCAGCGCGUCGAGGGACACCUCGAGACAGGAGUCGUCGUCGUCAGCGGGCACGCCGCCGGCGGGCUCGGGCGCGGGGUCGGGGGCGGGGGCGGGGGUGGGUGAGACGGGGGCGGGGACGGGGGCGGGGACGCGCACGGAGUGGGCGUGGCGCACGCACCACUACCCGCACCUGCAGUGCCCGCCCACGUUCGUGCCGGAGACGUACUCGCUGGCCGCGGCCGCGCGCCGCCCGCGCCCGCACCCCCCGCCCUCCUGA